AUGACCGUUGAGGCGAUUUUGAGCCAUCCGAGUGUACGAGUACGAAGCAAGAGUGCAGUAAAAGAGAAGUUGAACGCUAUUCUCGAAGGAGGAAAGGAGCAGCUAGCGGUCAUAUCCGACUUCGACUUCACUCUAACAAAAUCCGUCGACGAAAAUGGUGAACCAUGCUUGGGUAGUCAUGCUGUAGUUAAUCACUUACUUUUAUCACUUCAUCCAGAAUUGACAGAGGAGGUAACCGCUGUAAAUGCCAAGUAUUUAGCAAUAGAAUAUGAUACUCAAUUA